AUGAUAGAGGAAAUGUUUUCUCAAGAACCAGCCUUCGCAGGACGGAUGAAUCCUGCCGAGGGUGUUAAUGAUCCACUGGACAAAUGCAUGGUUAUAAGGGAGAUCCAAGAUCACGGAGCCCCACAAGUUGGCGGCUCAAUGGGGAAAGGGACGGCCAUCGGUGACACGGACUUUGACGUCGUCGUCUUCCUGAACGACCACGAACCUCCCUUUCGACAGCGCAUCUUCGACAAAAUGCUGGCAGCCCUGAAGACAGUGCGCGGGUAUUCCUUCAUCAAAAAGACGAGAUAUUCGAUCAGGUUCAAAAUCCGGAUUAAUCGACUCACCUUGGAUUUUGACCUACUCCCGGCACAAAAUCUAUUGGAUCAUGCCAAGCACUCCAGCGACAUGGCGAGACAACAGGCCGUCGAGGUGCGACAUCGCAUGGGAAAUUUUGCCAGACCGUCCGUCUUCUCCACCAGCCUGGCCGAGCAGACGAUCCUCUUCAUGAAGAAGAAGCCGGACGAUGUCGUCAAAGUCAUCAAACUUGCGCGCCACUGGAAUCAACAAAUCCGAAUUGAUGAAAAAGUCCAUGGGCGGAGCUACAUGGUUGAACUCGUGGCCGCAUGGGCGCAAAAGGACCAACCGGUUGGCAGCCUGUUUGAGAGGUUUGUACGUUUCUUGCGCGAAAUGGAGGAUUUCUCCAACCUGCGCAUAUUUUUCGGUCAUCAUUAUUGCAAAUUCUCCAUCCCUGAGGACGUCUGGAAGCAGACCCCACUGGUGAUGGAUCCCUGCAACCCGUACAACAAUCUGGCCGAGGGCAUCACCCCCGACGUGAUUGAAAAUUUCCAAUCUGCCGCCACCCGGAGUUUGGCCAUGAUUAAGAAUGGGUUGAAAGACGUGGAGGACUUAUUUUUCGCCACUGACGAGUCUGACGACGAUCAAGAAGAAAAAUAUGACAACGACGACGUCGGCAAGUUUGACGACAAACACGGCUUUUUUGACGGCUUAAAGCGCGAGUAUGAAUGUUUAAUGCCGGGCGGACGUUACAAUUACUAA